GACCCGUUCAGGGCGGGACUCUUAUGAAGCACAAAAGCAUCCUGAAGGCACCGCAUAUCUGAUCCUCCUCCACCCAUAACCACCCUAGUCCGAGCGGCUGCAGCAGUGUGACACACCAACUACCUACUAUAACUACGUUAUGAGCCCUGAAUAGAUUCAAUUCACGGAUUAUCUACACAUGAAGAUGAUGUGGAGUGUUGUGAUUGUGCUGGCUGCUGUCCUCAGUGUGGAGUCCUAUGCAGUCCACGACCUCCAUGAGCGUUUGGCCCACGGUCGCCAGCUGAAGAUCUACCUGCCGAAGAGUGCAGAGAAGCUAGAGUUCAGUCCAGCAGAUGAUCCCAGUAAGACCUAUCUGUACUGGGACAGGAGCAGAAUCAAGGUGACUAAAGGCAGGGUAUCUGGUACAGGCAGUGACCGACGCUGGUACAUCGACAAGGUCACUUAUGAGGACCAGGGGACGUACACGCAGAGAGACUACUGGAAUAAUGAGGUGUCCACUGUCAAAGUGGCUGUCACACCCAGGCAUUACUAUUUGAAGUGUCUAGCAGGCGAGACUCUCUACAUUUCACUGGAGGGCAUUGACCUGGCCGACGCUGUCCUCUCCUUUUCGGGGGAGGCUGCGAACGUUACACUGGUGCGUGAUGGAGCACGGGUAUCCCAGGACCUUCCAGAUUACUGGGACAGAGUUCGGACCCACUCCAUGAACAUUGAGAUCAGAAAUGUGAACUACAGUGAUGAGGGACGUUACACCCUGAAAGACCGCAGGGACCGGUUGGUGUCUGUUACCAGGAUGGACCUGACAGACCACAAGGAGUACUCAGGAGGAAACCCGCUCAUGGCUCUGCUCUUACUGCUGGGCAUCCCGGCUGGGAUUUGCUGCUGCUGUCGGAAGAAGAUUUUCAAAAAGAAAGCCACCACUGCUGCAACACUACAGACCACUCCAGUCCAUCCUCCUCCCAGUGGUCCUGUUGGACCUUCUCCUCCCUACAGCACUCCAGGACAACCAGGAGCAGAGUACUACCAUGGACCUAACCCUGGCAUGGAUCCUACAGUCCAUCCUCCCCCUCAAACCACUGGCCCAGGACAGUGGAAUGGCCCCCCACCCCCUGCUGGUUUCAGUCCAGGCUACCCAUCUCAGAACCCUGCCUACCCUCCUGCUGGCCCAGCUAUGUACCCCUCUGCCCAGCCUCCACAAUGGAACGGUCCACCACCAGGCCAGUACCCCCCUGGACCUGUAGCUCCUAUGGGCUAUGCUCCAGCUCCAGUCAUGUACAGCUCUCCUCCACCAGCAGCCAGUGAACCUGUGAAGGAGGAGGUCAAGAUGGAGAAUAUGGGAGCCUCACCUGCUGACCCUCUGCUGACUGCUGCACCACAGGCUGACACAGCUUCAUCUCCUCAACCCCCCUCCUCCACCAAUGUUCACAGCUCCUCUGACGGUGCCUACAAGUUUCAGAUCGACGGAGGGACAAACUCCACCAACUUCCUGUAGAGCAGGUCCUGCCCCUGGAGCAGCCUCCUCCCAGUCGUUCCUCACUUUAGUUUUACAGCAGCCCUCUGUGACCAUUUUGCAUUCCUUUGUCUAAGCAUUCAAAUCAGGGAUGCAAAAUGGCACAGGUAGGAACAAUGAAAAGCAUUUGGACUGUACAUACCCCUUACCUUCUUGCCUUGCUCAGUGUUUAAUCCCUUACCUGACUGAAAAGAAUGUGUUAUCAGGCUAAAUUAGCAAUUAUCUGUGGUAUAUAAUCUACUACAGCUGGGUCAGCAAGCUGUGUUUGUGAGCAGUCACAUGUAGGAUUCAAAGAGUCAGUUAUUUUGGGAUCAAACUUCCAGAGGCAAGGAGAUAAGGAAAGGAGGUGUUCUCUUUUAAGUGUUAGCAGGUGGAAUAGAGAGUGAUUUCUUAUAUAAUGUGCCAGAAACCAAGAAAUUAAGAGAUUUACUCAAGUGUGGAGCUUUGAGGUGUGUUCAGACUAAACACAAAGAUAAUGUUUGUGUCAUUGUGCUCAAUCAAAUUUGAGCAGUGGAGUGUUUUUUAAGUUUGUGUUUACUAGCUACUAACAGCCAGUGGAACUAACCAGACAUCUAAAAACAGACACUGACUGUAUGUGUAUGUGUUAAAUGUGGCCAGGACUGUAAAUAGAGUCUUAAACCUUUGUUAUACAAGUGAAUAUUUAUCUGAAAUUGUUGUGAAAAUUAAUCUUGAGCAGAUACUUCAAGAGAUCCCGGGUCUGUUCCUGUCCAUUUGUGUCCAUUGACCUCAAAAGUUGGCAUUGAGUGGAGUCUGAACACACCUUCAGGGCCUGGUCUCACCAGGAAGCGGAAGGGAGAAAUUUCUUCAUGUGACAUUGUAGUUAUAGAUAGUACCAGUCGCACAGUCAACAGAAAGAACACACAGUAACACCAUCUACUCAAUACUGUAGAUACCCUAGUUUCACAUCAGGCUGUUGUGUUCUGUAAAGCUUCAGAAUCUCUCCUUGUUUGGGUUUGCUUAUUUUAAAAUUUGGUAAGAAAUUUCUGUGUACUUAGCUUUUGGGGCCCAUGGGGUCUGGUGCACUGGGGAAGUUGCCUGCUUUAUCCGUUUGGUAGUCCAUCCUGCAGGUCCUAGGUUCUAGCAGAAGUGACAGAUUUUCUAAUGAGAAGGACUGUAACACAGAAUUACUAAAAGGAUAGAUACCUCAGUUUUUGACUGGCAGGUCAACACUGUUUGCUAUUGGUCGAUGGUGCGAAUUUGUGUGUAAAAACCUGGUAAAACUGAAUUCACUAGAACCCCCCCCUUCAAAUGAAGUUGGUCUGGUGUGACAUGUGGCUGCUGUACAUGCUGGUGGGAUCAGGCCCUCCAAGUGUCUUUUUAACAACCAAACUGUAAGAAUGCUACCAGAAGAAGCACUCUGACUGCCUUUCAAGGUGGCCACAUGCCUCCUUACUGUUACAUCAAAAAACAUAUCACUUUCUUUCCAUCCAGAGCCUUAGGUACCUAUAUCCCAAACAUUUAUCAACAUUCGGAGAGCGAACCAGUGUGUCAUGACAGUGUUGCGGCUUCAUGUUUGUCUGUUAUUACCCUGCAUAGGUGGUUCAACACCUUUUUGAACUAUGGUGCUUCUAAAAUCUACACCACCUACAUAGUAAAGCCCAGGCCAAACAAGAUGUUCAAUGUUAGCAAUUGUUGGCACUUGUUAAUUCAAUUUGAUCAUUUGGAUGAUGCAGUUAAAAAACCAAAGGGAGUGUACAUAUUCACCAACAGUUGCCUGUUGAGUGUUGCUGCAUCCUUUCUGAUGUCCAGGAUGUAGGUCAGAAACAUUCCUACUUAUCAAGAAUACUUUUCUUAAAACAGGUAUUUAUUGACCUGUAAGUAACAUCACAAAUGCCUUUCUCUGCCAAAGUCUGGUUUUAUUGUCAGUAUCUUGUUCUUUACCUCUGCAUGUUGUGAGGAGUAAAUGCAGUGAACUUU